UGCGCCUGUCUGAAUAAUUAGGUUUAAACAGAAAAGAUUAGAUUAAAAUGCUGUAAAGAGCAUGUAUAUUAAAUAUAUAUAAUAAAUCCAUAACUUUUCCACUUACAAAAAAGCAAUAAUUUAUUUAUUUAUAAAAAAGUUGUAUUUAGUUUAUGCAUUUAUUUCUUUAGGCUUAAUUCUUAUUUCAGAAGCCAGAGAUCAUUUUUGUCGGUCACUGUUUUACUUUAAGAUUGACAUAAGACACAUUCCACGCAUAAAUGCGGAUUAUUGUAAGCCACGUGUGUAUGUCUACGAAUGUUAUCAUCACCGCUGAAAUUUGCUAACAGCAAUGAAAACAAAAUUGAUAGUGGCUCACCCAGGGGCCGGUGCACAUGCCUAAAUACCACAGUGUAUAAUUUUCGGCUAUAUAAUUGAGCUUUUGGAUCUUUCAAAAGAAGCAAACUCUGCCCUUGGAUGUCUCUCUCUUUGUGAUGCGGUUUUCCGCUGUAAGCCACCGUGUGUAGUGCUGUGUAAUUUUAUCCACACUGCAACCUCUUGGUUCACACAAGACUGAUACCUUGCCUCCUCUUUUCCUUUGUAUCAAUUGGUCGGGGUUCGGGCUAUUGUUGCAGGAGGGCUCUUUUAUUUCUGUGCACACUGUCGAUCAGCGAAAUCUCACGAUAGCCUCCCUGUGAAACCGACAGGGCUUUUUCUCCUCCUCGGUCAGAUACAGUCCGCUUGGAGAGCAGAGAGGAACCCAUGCGCACCAACGACGCGAACCCAUGCCGUUGCCCCCACAGAUGACCGAGGCUUUUCCUACAAGAUACGCGUACUAAAGAGAGGACUGAUGGAUACAUAAGUUCUCUUUUACUUUCUGGAUCACUGCUUUUGCGGCUCUGACAAAUGAUACGAUUUUGAUGGGACCCGAGCGCCAGCUAUUUCUAUUCCAGCGAGAUUUUGCCGACAUCCCGCCAUGCCACAAUGGUUAUAAUUCUGCUCUUGUUGUUACUGAGCUUCUUGGAUCCGAGUUUGCAGGAAUCUCUGCCUCCGAGGCUAAGCAGGACCCCAAGGGCGCCUUGUGCCAGGGGCCAGGCUUGUGACCCACGGCAGCGGCGAGAUGCUGGUGGACGCGGCGGGGUUUACGAGCACCUCGGGGGUGCUCCGAGACGCAGAAAACUUUACUGCGCCACAAAAUAUCAUUUGCAAAUUCACCCGAACGGAAAAAUAGACGGAUCUCUUGAAGAAAACAAUCCUUUCAGUAUACUCGAGAUCACAGCUGUCGAUGUUGGUGUGGUAGCGAUCAAGGGUCUGUUUUCGGGAAGAUACCUUGCUAUGAAUGAAAAAGGACGUCUGUAUGCUUCGGAAGUCUUUAACCGUGAAUGUGAGUUCCUCGAACGCAUUCAUGAAUUAGGCUACAACACCUAUGCAUCACGGCACCAUGCCACCACCCAGCCACCACCGGCAGGGUCCAGCACAGGGGGCGGCAAACGCCGUGCCAGUUCUAAAAGGCAGUGGUACGUCUCCAUUAAUGGAAAGGGCCGGCCAAGGAGAGGCUUUAAGACACGGAGCACAGACAAAGCUUCCCUCUUUCUUCCCCGUGUUCUGGGCAACAAGGACCACGAGUUGGUACGCAAGCUCAGAGAGAGCCAGCGGCAUCAGACAGGUGCUCAUAAAGUCCCUGCGGGUCGGGCAGAGCGAAGGCGACGACGACACAGGGGCUCCAGGAGACACAGCAGAAGGGCCGACAUUUAACACUGUCUUUACACAGAUGGAGGAGAGAGCCAAAGCCACUGCGAGGACUCAAACUUAAAGGAAAAAUGGAACGCAGUUGGACGAUUUACAGGAAAACCCGGGGAAUUAUGCUACGAUUUCUUGCAGGAAGGACUGAAUAUUGUAGAGAAAGAUUAUUUUCUCAUACAAAUUAUAAAAAGUGCAGCCUCUGAUACACUCCAAAUAGGUUUAUGUGACCAAAUUAACACUACUGAAAGUUUUGUCAUUUACUUUAUACGACAAGCACCACGUUUAGUUUGUUUUCAAACGCCUUUUCUGUAAAGGACGUGUAAUUAUUGUACAUAGCUGUACAGUCGUUUCUUUUAUAUUUGAGCAAAAUAACAUAGAGUAAAUGUUUGUAAUCAUACAUUAGGAUGUCGGACAAGUGCUUGACAAUGCCAAUGAUGUGUUAUAUGACUGGACUAUGGCUUUAUAGGUGGUGUACAAACGAGCACUUUUUUCUUACUGAAGUAUAAAGUAGAAACGAAGAAACAGACGCAUAAAACAGAUGCUUUUUAACUUACAUGUGAUAGGCUACUGUUCUUAAACUGCAAUCAGGAGUACUUUGUAUAUUACUAAUGUAAUGCAUAUUUAUUUUUGUUUAUAUGUCUUUAAGUUAUUGAUGGCAUAGUUUUCCAAAUAUCAAGGAUUUUUCUCCAAAAAAUAUGAAAGAAGAGUCACCGUUGUUAGAGUAACACUGUUAUCUUUAAUAUUAUUCCAACUGGUCCCGUAAGAGAAGACUCUUUUUGGGUUUAUAUUAUGUUUCAGUUUUGUAUUUCCUAAUACACAUGUGAGUCUGAAACAUAGCUUUGAUAAAUGCCAUUUGUAUUGAACACUGUAAUCAAAGUAAUGCAUAUAAACUGCAUUGUUGACACUGAAAGCUGAACAUCUAGAGGAAUGU